CGUCAGUCGUGUACCAAACGAUUCCUAUUCGCAAUAGGAUUGAUUUUGCCUUGAUAUUUUUGUCUUUUCUACUUAGAAAUUGACUAAUUUUAGUAUUUUACGUUAUUCAUCAGACUGAAAAUGCAAAAUAAGUAGCAUAGGUCGAUAAAUAUGCGAUUUUAUUGAUAAAUAUUUCGGACUAUUAAACUUGGUCUCGUGGCGUACAUUGAUCAGCCUGGAUCAAUGAGUCAGUGUAACAUUUUCACAGUAAUACAUUCUUUUUCCACGUUCCUACUUGAUCCGCGGUAAACGCCCAAUUAUUCGUUUUAAUUAAGCAUAUCAAUAAAAAGACAUUUCGUUCAUAGACUUUCGUGAAAGGGUUAAUACACUUCUGUUUCGUCUUUCGUCGCAAAGCUAAGAAAAUGGCGUCCAACCAAGAAACUGAUUACGUGUCGUCCGAUGACACUCCAUGACCAGUGCAUUCAAAAUAACCUAUUUUCCAAAUCCCGUCAUGUUUCCGUGUUUUAUGUCUCCUGAAAUACAUUAAAACAUCAAGGAUAAUCAGUUAGAAUCAAAAAUGCCACGCAUAGAUCCUUUGUCACUGCUCAAAUGCCUCAGUGUCCUACUCGGCUCCACUGGUGGCAUCAAAAGUAAGGAGGAAGUCCACCGGUUAGCCAAUCUCAUGACCAAGUUUUCCAAGAAACUUGUGUCCAAGUGUAUAUACAUCCAAAUCUUAAAAACCACCGAAACUGAUCUUCUUAGUCAAUUUAUGGGUGCGGGUGGAUGGAAUCUUGUUCAUAUGUGGCUCACUGAUGGCAUUGUCGCCAAAAAUUGGGCUUUAAUUCAAGAAUUGUUGGAACUUCUUCUGUUAUGCCCCGUAGACAUCGAAAGAUUAAAAAGUAAUAACUGUCCAAAGUUAAUCAAAGGUUUGUCGAAAGAGGGUAGUCAUCAAGGUGUCCGAGUUUUGGCCAGCCGGCUCGUUGAACAAUGGUUGAAAAUUGUUAAAGGAGAAGCACCUCCUAAUUCAAUUCCAGCACAAAUUAUGACACUCCCCGGAUCAAGUAAUAAACCUUGUGUAAUUCCGACCGCAAUUGUUCAUCCGAGGCCUGCAAAUGUUAUUUCUACAACCCAGAAUAGUUUUAGCGAGAAAACUGAGACUGAUAAAAAUGCACAGCUUGCACAAAGUAAUUCUUUGGCCGUCGACGAAACACACGCAAUUAAACAGAUAGAUCAUCAUCAUCAGCAGCCGCAGUCGAACGAAUCGCAAUAUCAACAAAUAUCGGGAAAAGGAACAUCUGUACAACCUGUUCAAUUACCGAUAGUCACCUCGUCAGCGCAAGCACCAUGUCAGCCUUCACAACUCCAGAAAAAACAAUCCUACGUUGUAUUACCGUCUGCACAAACAUCAGCCACGGGAGCAGGAGGAGGACCCGUUUAUAAAAUUACUAUACGCGAUGGCAAUCGAGUUCUAACAAAACUAGAGACGGAUGCUGCGCACAUAAACAAUGUAAUUGACUUUCCAAGCAAUGAAAUAAGCGGCGAGUCCACGGAUGAUGCUCUUCAGUCUCAAGAAUCGCGACAAGUGGCAGUGGAUGGUGAAGGUGGUAGUAGCAGUAGUACACAAAAAGCUGAUAAUCAAUUACCGAUAAAAAGCGGCGCUAAAGUUACGGACGAAACGCCUAUUGAACCGACAGACCGAGAUCCUAGUGAAAUUAUAUCUGUUGUUAGCUCUAAAGACAAUUGUGAAACUGAUAAUAUUAACAUUAAAGACAAUAAAGAUGAAAGACCUGGUAUUGUUAGUGAUAGCAGUAAGUCUGUUAGUGACAAGGAAAAUCGCGAUUCUUCGAAAAGAGAGAGUGAUAAAAAGAGUUCUGGUACUAGCAGCGGUAGCAGUAGUAGUAGUAGUACAGAUAAGAAGAGUAGUCAUCACAGUUCAUCUUCAUCAAGUAAAAGUUCUUCGAAGCACAGCUCGAAAGAGAGCUCUAAUUCACAUCGGUCAGGUUCGAAUUCUCAUCGUUCAAGCGCACAUCGUUCCACCAGUUCGAAAAGUACGACAUCAAAAGAAAAAACAAAGGAAAAGGAUAAGGACAACAAAGACAAGCAUCACAGCAGUUCGUCCAGUAGUAAACACGGUUCAAGCAAUAAAAGUAGAGCUGAGCGUGAUAAGGAGCGAGAGAAGGAGAAAGAGAAGCUGCGAAAGGAUCAAGCGGAAAAGGAUAAAGCGACUCUGGAGAAGGUUCAGGGCCCAGCACUGAGUUUCAAAUUAGGCAAGAUCCCUAAGAAGAAAAGCGACGAUGACAAGGCAAAUGAUGGUUUAACGAAAAGAUCCUCUAUAGAUUCCAAGGAGGCUAAGGACAAGAUUGACGCUAAAAAAGCAGCCGCUGUAUCAGCCGUUUCGGAAAAAAAGGCGAUAUCUAUGUCCAUAGAAAAUAGAAAGACUUCACAAGAUUCCACGACGCGACCUAAAACGGUCAAGACCUUUAACUCGAAGUUUAGGUCUACUGGUUUAGAGGAAGAAGCUAAGCCUCCGCCUCCAAGAUCUGUCAAAAAGCCUAAUCAAAUACCGGAUAAGAAAAUAAUACCAACAAAAUUAUCAUCUCUGAAGAGAGCAUCGCCGUUGAGAGAAACCAGUUCAUCAGCGGAUAAGAGAGCGAGACUUUCGCUUGAUACUCCUGUCACGCCUCCAGCUGAUGAAAAAAAAGGAGGAAUCAAAUUGAUUCCACCGAAGCCUAAACCAAUGGUCCUUCAAGAGAGCGACAUGUUCAUGGAUGCUUUAACAGCUUCUACGAAAAAUAAAGAACCGAGGAAGCGCAAACGAAGAACAUCUCUUACGAAGGACGGCCCGCCGGAAGUAAAGAAAUCGGAUUCUUCUAAUAGUGAAAAUCAUCGUGAUACAUCCCCGCCACAUACGUCACCGUCAACUGCCAAUGCUGCCGUGACAUCGCAGAAAACUGACGAAAAAACAUUGCUGAAACCCACGUUUAAGUUCUAUCAAGAUACACUUGAGACUGAGGAAGAUAAAGAACAGAAAGUGAAAGUAAAAGAAGAUGGUGUUAAGAGCAAGGAAGAAAACGGUCAAGAGGGUGUAGAAGAGGAUCGAGAUGAAGACGAAGAUGACGAAGAGGAAGAGGAGGAGGAGGAGGAAGAACUGAAAAGCAAUAAAAACAUCAAAGAGUCGAGUGAAAAUGACGAAGGAAGUAGAACACCAACGCCAGAAGAAACUAUUGCAGAAAAGAGCGUUGACUCUAAUCAAGAUUCUGAUUCUUCAAAACCAGACAUUCGGUAUGUGGAUGGACUUAGGAGUGUACUCUUACUUCAAAAACGUAAAGGUCCAAAAAAAUCUCUGAAAUGGAAAGUUGACUUGGAAUCUAUACGAUACUUCGAAUUGGACGAAACCGAGCGAGUGAAUGUAACGAAAACCUUUACGGACAUGAAGCAAAUAGAGAAGCAAAAUGAAAGAGAAGCUUUCCAGAUGGCCAGAAAAUUAAGUACCGACGAUAUAAUGGAAGAAAAAACGAGAUGGAGGCCACUAAUUCCCAUUGAUACUCCUCCUGCUUUGGUGGAACUUGGAAAAGACAGUAGAGAAAAGGAUAUUCAAUAUGCUCGCGAGAAGGGAAUACUUCAAGCACUUUACUUCCAUCGGAAUAUGAUACCAGAUUCGCCUGCAGAACCGGAAGAAGAGCGGCUUUUGCCUGUGGUAGACGCCAGGAUUAUUCCCCUGGAAGACUUGACCGGGACGAAGGCCAACGAGAAAGAUUUUACAGCAAUGCCUUGGCCUGAACCAAAACCUCAACUUCCCCCUGUCCAACCCGCACCAAUGACGAAUUUCCACUAUCAAGGAUUCCCGCACAAUCAGCAUCCAAUGCUGCCUUCCAUGGGCCCACCACAGCAAGCACCAAUGGGACCAAUGCCACCAAUGCCUCAGCCAAUGAUGAACCCGAUGAAUCAAAUGGGACCGGAAAUGGUCGGAGGGCCACUUCCACCCGGUGGCGGUGGCGGCGGUGGCUGGAGAACUGGCGAUGGAAAGGUCGUCGUGCCAGACAUAAAUCACGGGAUAAGUCCAAUGCCGAAUAUGCCUGGUGGUUACCCACCUCAGGGCAUGGAUGGGCAAAUGGUGCCGCCGCCAGGAAUGAUGGGCCCGCCAAUGUAUAACCAACCCGACGGUUUCAUGAUGGGUCCGGACGAUAUGGGUUAUAACAAUGGGCCAAACAACUUUCAGGGACCACCCGGGCCUGUUAUGUAUGGACCUGGACAUGGGCCUGGACCUGGACCAGGACCUGGCCCAGGACCGGGACCGAACUUUCAGGGUGGUCCGAGAGGUGGUGGACCAAUGCAUGUUAAUCGUGGAAGAGGAGCGCCACCGGGUGCCGGCUGGUUUCGAGGUGGUCCACCUGUUCGAGGAGGUGGCUGGCGAGGCGGCUGGAGAGGAAACUCGAAGCAGCCACCAGUGUGUAGACAAUUUUCCAAAAGUGGCUACUGUCGAGCUGAGAAUAAGUGUCAAUUUCUUCAUCCUGGCGUGAAUUGUCCCCCGUUUUAAACAUUUUUCAUCUCUCGGAAUAGAUGAUGAUUGAUAAUUGAUGAUGAGAAGAAAAAGAAGAAGAAGGAGAGAGAGAGAAUCAUUAAUUUUUAUUCGAGUACAAGAUUGAAAGCGUACUGACUAAAAUUGUUGAAAUUAUGUGAUAUUAAGUAAGGAAAUAAGUGCUGGGUUGGUUUCAUCAGCUGCAGGCCAGCAAUAAUGCAAUUUCAUUUGGCAGUCGUCUACACCUGAAUCGCGAGCCUCAUAUAUUCAAGUCUGUAUCCACGAUUUUAUCCUUUAUCUACUUUCUACGUUUUAAGACUCGUAAUUUUUCGAUAAAAAAUCAUUACUAGCAUCAAACUGUUCAAGGAUUGUAAAAAUAUGACAAAUUUAGCAUCAAUCGUACAUGUAACUUUUUCUGUGUGUGUGUUUUUUUUUACUUUUCUUGUCGCCUAAAUUCGGGUCGGCGGAAGAAUCGAUUUUUCUGCUUCGACCAAUGAAAAUCAAAGUGUGAAUGCACGAUUCUUUCGUUGUCCUUGAGGAUAGUAUUUUCCAACAGUUGAAUAUCAAACACUGUACUUAAUAUUACUGCUCUUAAAAUCAUAAUCAUCGUCAAUAUAAGAGUCAACGAAAAUGAGAUAGAAAAAAAGCAAGUCAUGACACAGAACUACUAUAAUAUUGCUUGUGAGCAUUGCAAAUAUUUAUGGAGAAGAUCAAUCAUGAAUGUUGAAGAAGCUGGGCCAGCUGUGUAUAUAAAUGCGCAAGAUAUUGACGUUUUCAUUAAUCUGUAUAUAUUUAUACAUGUGCACACUAAAAAGUUCAAAUAUAAAUGAUUAUUUGCAUAAUAUUAUAAUAAUUUGUAAGUUUCAAGAUAAUAUAAUGAUAGUGUGGCUUUUUGUACGAUAGCGGGAGGUCAUUCAGUUUUGGAAAAACCGCGGUUUUGUAAACUAAAGUUCUUCAGACCGCGACUCAUCACGUGUAUACAAAUAUUUUAUGUGUAUAUAUAAUAUUUCGAUAUAUACAUAUAUUAUACUAUUGUAUGAAGCAAUUGAGACAAACGUUAAAUGAUCUGUGGCAGCAGUGUGUAUAUAUAUAUAGAACACAAUCAUACAUUUCAAUGAAAUUAAUUUAAAAUGUCUGUAUAGAUAGCUAUAUUUUUUAUCAACUGAACAAACAAGGAGUUUCAGAUGCAAUAUAGUGAAAAAUGUACUCAAUUGAUUGUAAAGACUUGUUGAAAAGUCGGAUUAUUAUUCGUGUAACAAUGCAUAAAAAUGAUUUUGUUUAUUAUUUUUUUUUUUUACUAAAAUUAAGGGUAAUGGUUAAGUUUCUUGUACACAGCCGAUUGUUAUCUUUGUAAAUAGCUAAAACAAUUAUUAUUGUAUGAAAAUCAGUUUGAGAUAAAUACAUUAUUCAUAACUAA